AAGCGACAGGCCCCGCGGCGCGCCCGGGCUCUACCGCGGACUGUAGGGCGGCCGCGGCGGCCCUUGGCGUGCAGCGGGAGCCCGUGACAGCGGCGCCGCCGUGCUCUGGACCCCGACUCCGGGCCGCUGCCGACCUCCGCGGCGGAGCCGCGUCGCCCGGCGGGAUGGGCGGCGAGGCCAGGUCCGCGGCAGCCGUGGGCUUCGAGGGCCGCUUGAAGAGCCUGGGUCUGGUGUUCGAGGACGAGCGCAAGGGCUGCUACUCGAGCGGCGAGACGGUGGCCGGGCACGUGCUGCUGGAGGCGGCCGAGCCGGUGGCCCUGCGCGCGCUGCGCCUGGAAGCCCAGGGCCGCGCCACCGCCGCCUGGGGCCCGAGCGCCCCGGUCAGCGCCGUGAUCCCCGCCGCCGCCUCGGAGGUGGAGUACCUGAACGUGCGCCUGAGGCUGCGCGAGCCCCCGGCCGGGGAAACCAUCCUUUUAUUACAGCCUGGGAAACAUGAAUUUCCGUUUAGCUUUCAACUACCAUCUGAACCUCUGGUAACCUCCUUCACCGGGAAAUAUGGAAGCAUUCAGUACUGCGUGAGGGCAGUUUUGGAGCGACCGAAGGUACCAGAUGAGAGCGUAAAGCGGGAACUCCAGGUCGUUAAUCACAUCGAUGUCAACACACCAGCGUUACUAACCCCUGUAUUGAAAGCUCAAGAAAAAAUGGUUGGCUGUUGGGUUUUCACUUCUGGUCCUGUUUCGCUGAGCGCCAAAAUUGAAAGAAAGGGAUACUGUAAUGGAGAAGCUAUUCCAAUCUAUGCAGAAAUAGAGAAUUGUUCCUCUCGUCUGAUUGUUCCCAAGGCUGCCAUUUUUCAAACGCAGACGUACUUGGCUAGUGGGAAAACAAAGACCGUCCGCCACAUGGUUGCCAACGUGCGAGGAAACCACAUCGCUUCCGGGAGCAUGGACACGUGGAACGGGAAGACUCUGAAGAUUCCGCCUGUCACCCCUUCCAUCCUUGACUGCUGCAUCAUCCGGGUGGACUACUCCUUAGCUGUGUAUAUUCAUAUUCCUGGUGCUAAAAAAUUGAUGCUGGAGCUGCCCUUAGUGAUUGGCACAAUUCCAUAUAAUGGUUUUAGCAGCAGAAACUCCAGCAUUGCCAGCCAGUUCAGUAUGGAUAUGAGCUGGUUGACACUGACCCUGCCCGAACAGCCUGAAGCACCACCGAAUUAUGCAGAUGUGGUAUCAGAAGAAGAGUUCUCUAGGCACGUUCCUUCUCACGCACAGCCCCCCACUUGUGAGGGAGAAGCAUGCUGCCCUGUGUUCACCUGCAUACAGGAAUUCCGGUUUCAGCCCCCACCUCUUUAUUCAGAGGUUGAUCCACAUCCUAGAGAAGUGGAAGAGACCCAGCCUGUGUCAUUCAUUCUCUGAAUGUACUUCAGAAAUCACUUGUGUUCACCAUCAAGUUAGAACCUUGGUUCUUUCCUUCUGCCUUUUUGGAGAAGAUGGAGGAAAGAUUAAUUUAAGAACAUAAAUGAACAUCAAGACUGAAGGCAAUAGAAAUUAACAAAUAUGUGAGCUACCCAAGGGCAAACAGGAUCAUGGUAUGAGUUUAUGAUAUGGAGGUAGAGUCUCCCUUAAAUAAUAGAAUGAAGAAAUGAAAAACCCCAGAAUGUUUACGCAGGUUCUGAUGGUGAUAGAGCAAGUAAUAGGCUGCACCAAUAUGAGAGAAAGUAAUCAUUGCAAACAGUGAAACACUGUGCUGGUGUACCUUUAAGAGGGUAUCUCAAAAUGGAGCAAAAGUAUGCUAAACUGUAAGGCAAUACAGGCUCACUGGAGGGAGACUUGGUUUUGGAAUGUGGCAGCACCAGGGCUUGCAUGAAUAGGAAAAUGGCCUACGGCAGAUGUGAAGUGAAACCCUUAGGCUUCAGGGUCUUCAUGAUUUCUCACCAUAAUCCAUAGGACUGGAAUCCUUGAAAGAAUCCUUUCUCAAGCUCAUAACAUUAUGCGGUACUAAUGAAGUAAUACAGUUUUCACUCUUUUAGUGGUUAUUUUUAAAUGUAGUCUGUACAUUGGCUGUACGGUAUUAUGAAACCAAGAAAGGGUUCCUUGAAAAGCUUGUCAGUUCAAAGGGCAAAGAUGAACUCGAGUAUGAAAACAUACUUGGUUUAGGCUUUUCCUUCUUGCCCCCUUUCAGUACUUUAACAGGAUACACAUUUGAUGUUAUCUUACCUUACUCACCUAGCAGCACGUUAGAAAAAGAAGGUGGGAGAAAGGUUGCAUCUUUGGAUUGAUUUGAUAACUACACAGUCCAAAAAAAGAAAAAGCCUUUUCUUAAUCUACCUCUAGUGGGGUUAUCAGAUAUGUUUUUAAAACUAGGGGACUGAGAAGUCUUUUUUUUUUUUUGGCGUUUCUUCUGUUUGCAGUAGCAGUCUAGUCUAACCUAUCAUUAAAGCUGAAAAUGGACCAAGGGAAGAAUCUAUAACAUUAGUGUUAAAUGGAAGUAAAUAUAUGAAUGCCUAAGGGUAUUUCAAAAUAAAUGCCAUAUCCAAAGAGGUUAGAGAUGCCAUUUAAAAAGUCAAAUUUAAUUCCUAUCAAGAGUUUUAAGUCUAUUGAUGACGGUCACUACAUAAUACGUUGUUACUCCAGUUCUUCAGUAAUUCUCUUUAAACUGUGAUUUUCUUUUUUGUUUUGGUGCAAUAUUUUAUUAUUUAAUCUCAGGAUAUUCAGAGCAACAGGAUUCUGUUGCUGCUAAAAAUCUGAGCGGUGUUUUUACUGUACCCCUCUCCCAUGGAUUCACAGUCACAUGUCCACUUGCUUUUCUUUUAAUCUGUUGAUUUCAUGAGCAUAGCACAUGUCUGGUCAUUAAGUGGAAGGGAGCUAGGGAUUCCCUUGAACAGAGAUUUUGGACCAGUCAAGUACUUUGGUUUUCUCCAUGUCCUGAGGGUUUGAUCCAAAAAACUGGUGCUUCCCAUGCAGAAUACUGUACUUCACUCAACAGAAUGAUUUAUUUUUCUUUCAGCCAGUAUAUUCAGUUAAAAAUAGAAAAGUUCUAAGGUUAAAUUUUGUUAAAAAUUAGCCAUUUGAUCAGGGAUUUUUCUACAAACAUUAAGUCAAUGUACACUUUCCACCCCUCUGGACAUACCUCUUCUCUGUAAUCUGCAAGCCUUCUUGCAUUUUAAGCCACUGUUUAAAUCACAAUGCGAUACUAUAUACCAGUAACUGUGGUACUGACAUUUGUCACAAACCUUUAUUGCAUGUUUGAGCUUUUAGUGGUUUGUUUUUUUGUUUUAUUUUGCCUUGUUUUUUGUUUGUAUGCUUUUAAACAGGUAUGUGUAUUUAAUCGCUGUCCAGUUUUAUGUGUACUUCAAAAAGAAUAUUUUCAACUAUUUCUUGACUUUUUCUAUGUUGUAGUUUACAUAUCAUGCCACCUCCAUGGCGCCAAAAGAAACUGAAAGAAACAAACUAAAACAGAAUAGAGGGAGAGGAAGUUUAAUUAUUGGGCUUCAUGUAGAAAAGUAACUGCUUAAUGGAAUACUUUACUUGGAUUGUUUUGUCACUUUUAUUAGAGAAAUCAUGAAGUGGCCUCACAAAAUCAAAGCAAAGCUGACUUUUGUAGCAUUUAAAGGACUGUGGAAAAGUAUGACUUGCCUUAUUGAAUUGAUGUUGGCAUUUGUGACCUUAAGCAGUAGGCUGAAACUACAUUAAAUACCUUCUUUUAAAUCAAGUUAUGUUAUGUAUGGAGAAAAUUCUACACUGCAACAGAGAAUACUUGAGAGGGAAGUGUAAAAGUUUAACUGCUAUUAUUUGCUUGUUUAUUCCCCUCUUGCUUUUAUUUAGUUUGCAAAGAAACUGUGGCCUUAGAAUUUUCUUUUUGCUGCAAGAAUUGUGAAAUUGAAAAUGUAUGUCUUUUACACAAAAUCCUUCCGUGGAUAAAACUUUACUUUUUAUGUUUUUGUUUUGCACGAUAAACUCAGUAGGCAGGGUGGGUUGUUUUUGAUAAGUUAACUAUGAAAGCUUUUUUAUUUUUAUUAUUAUAAUGAUUUACUCCACAGGGGAAAAAAAUAAAGAUUGUAUUUUGUACUCUGUUUUGAACCCUAUGGGUUCCUUUUGUUAAUAAAAUGAUUACACUGA